AUGACGUACCCCCGUCCUGAUUUCGAGCGUAACCCACUUCGCUGGGAGUCUCUCAAUGGACAAUGGGAUUUCCUUUUUGAUGAUGGCGACGCUGGCCUUUCUGAGAAUUGGCAGCGUUCCGGUCUCCCUGAGGAGGUCAAAGUAACUACAUCCACUACUUCCCGCAAAGAAGGCCAAAGCGACAGUGUUGUCCAGAAGAUUAUGGGUGAGGCCCAUUCUCUUAUCCAGAACAACGUCUUCACCUCAUCCACCCAGACUUCAAACUCAAAAACCAAAAUCAACGUUCCCUAUGUCUUCCAGUCUCCUGCAUCGGGCAUCAACGAUCGAGGUGUCCACGAGGUUUUGUGGUACGAACGUGCUAUUUCAGACUUGAGAUCCGCACAAGAAAAAGAGAAGAAUCACAGGCUGGUUCUGCGGUUCGGGGCUGUUGACUAUGAAGCUACUGUUUGGGUCAACGGAGAGUAUGUCGGUAGUCAUCGAGGAGGUCACGUUCCCUUUGAGAUUGAUAUCACUGAUGCCGUCAACGCGGCCAAAGAUGCUACCACCCACCGUGUCACCAUUCGAGUUUACGAUUCAGCUUAUGAUCUGACUCAGCUUCGAGGAAAGCAAUACUGGGCUGCCAAGCCAGAGACAAUCUUCUACACGCCCUCUGGCGGUAUCUGGCAGUCUGUCUGGCUUGAAGUUGUUCCCUCUGCUCGCAUUGCUGAUAGCUCUUCUGGCACUGUUAUCAAGUCCAACGAUAUCCAUUCUGGCCAACUUCGCAGCACCAUUGCUACCAAGGGACGACGUGUAGGCAGGGACUAUAGCGUUGAGGUCGAGGCUAGCUUUGCUGGUGUUCCUGUGUCCAAGUCUGAGAAGAAGGCUCUUCCUCGGGAGACUAAUUCGGUCGCCGUUGAGCUCAACGUCCGUUUGUCAGAGGAGCAAAGAUCUAAGCUGCCUCAAUCUGUCAUUGAGAAUGCGACUCUCGAAAAUGACUUUGCCUGGCGCGAUGGUGUUGCGCUCUGGUCUCCUGAGCAUCCUCAGCUUUACGACCUCGUCAUUCGCUUGUACGAUGACACAGACAAGAUCAUCGACGAGGUCAAGACCACAACCGGCAUGAGAAGCAUCAACUGGACAACAGGUGACGGUACUUGGCGUCUCAACGACAAGCCAUACUUCCAGGCUCUUUGUCUCGACCAGGGCUACUGGCCCGAGACAUUCAUGACACCCCCUAGCUCCGAAAGCCUCAAGCUUGAUAUCGAACUUGCCAAGAAGAUGGGCCUCAACGGCUGCAGAAAGCACCAAAAGGUUGAAGAUCCACUGUUCUAUUACUGGGCUGACAAGCUUGGUUUCCUCGUCUGGGGCGAGAUUGCCAAUGCUUAUGCUUUCAGUGCAGAGUACAUCGAUCGUUUCAACGCUGAGUGGACCGAAGCUGUCAAGUUGGUUAUCAACCGUCCUUCUGUUGUGACUUGGACUCCUGUGAACGAAAGUUGGGCUUAUCCUUCGCUCGAGGAUAACGCGGAGCAACGAAACCAUAUCCGUCAGCUGUACUAUCUCACAAAGAACCUCGACGAUACUCGAAGUAUCAACGAUAACUGUGGCUGGCAGCAUGUACUUACAGACCUAACCACGUUCCACGACUACAGCGAUGGUCCAGAGAUCGAAAAGACUUGCUCCACUCUUGAAGGCAUCAUCGGUCCCAAGGCCGGCGGUCGUGGCGUUUUCCUGAAGCCCAUCCCUGGCGUUGAUGAGGGCUCGGCGCACAAGCCUGGCGCACCCGUCAUGAACACUGAGUUCGGCGGUGUGAACAUUGCUCCCGCUAAGAAAGAAGAGGGAGCUGACCUGGACUGGGGCUACACCACUGCUACAAACCCUGACGAUCUCGUCAAGAGGAUCGAGCGACUUGUCAACGGUAUUGUCCUUGGAGGACACUGCUGUGCGUUUGUGUACACUCAACUUGCCGAUAUUGAGCAGGAGGUUAAUGGAUUGUAUACCUUUAACCGAGAGGAGAAGUUGGAUCCUUCCAAGGUGAAGGCUGUUCUUGAUAAGGCCAUUGGGCAGUAUUACAACAGAGCUCACCCUCAACAGACUCGACACUCCAUGAUGUGGCUGGGGAAAGAUCAUCGCAUUGUGAGCAACACCAGAAACCUCCACGGCGCCAGACCCGGCUUUUUGCCCGCGGUUGGGACCAUCUUACAUCAUCUAUAUCAUACUACUACUAGUCGCAUAUCUCAAUUGAAUGUCAUAGCUAUACGCGCCUCCCAUCGUCCUUCUCUCCCUGCAUUGCCCUGCUCUGCCUUGGGCCGCGCGAUGCCUUCGUCACGGCCAAACGCGCAGUCGCCCAUCAUCGAGGCCGACGCUACUCUCGACAACAACAUCGACACUAUCCGCAUUCCAGAACCCCACGGUACAUAUCUACAAACACGCGGCGCCCGCGCAGCUCGUCGGAUCUACAAGGCCAUGGGCGUCUGGCCGUGGGACAUUGUCCCUGAAGCACCUCCUAAGAUGUGGGCUAUCAAUUUGCUUGAGGAUCUGGCCCUUGUUGCGGAUCAUGUCGCCAGGAAUCCGGGCGAUACGCUGCAGGAUCUCCAGUCGGAGCUUCGCAAGUCUCUUGCGCGCGAUCGCAAACCUUCGUAUGCUGGGAAAUUGAUGGCGCAGGAUGUCCACGCUGCCAAGAAGCGCUUCGUGAGAACCAUGCCUCAGUCACCAGAUGCUCAGGACGAUACUGGUGAUGAUGGUGGUACCAUCGAGAGGCGCUCUGGGCGACGAAGAAGAACAGCAAAUUAUAGUGCCCCAGAUUCACCAAUUGAUCCAUCGAGAUCGCGUCGACACACGUCUUCGGAGGAGAGCGAAGAGCACAUGGCAUCGUCUAUCACCGUCGCCUCAGAGUUUCCCCCAUCUCCUCCCGUACCUCGCAACGUUCGCCAGCUGAAACGGCCAGCUACCACGAUACCCACUCCGAUAGAAAAACGCAUUCGACACAGCUCCCCAGAAGGGUCGCGUCUCUCCGCAGCGCAGAGUCUGAUGAUGUUUAGUUCUCCGAUGGCUACGUUCCAAAUGGCUUCAUCUUUCGGCCCCAGCGCAACUGCCAACGCUACCCGCUCCCUUGAGCCUAAUAAUCUUCAAGAAGCUCUACAACCGGCGACCAACGUCUUUGUCGCAGCGAUCGACGCCCACGUCCGAACGAUACGUUCUUCGCUAGCCAUCGCGCAACAAGAGAUAUUUCCCCACAGAACAACACACCAGGAAGCGAUGAGCAAAUUGCGCGCCGCCCAAGACCGCGUGCAGGCUAUACACGACGACAUUACCGAAUCACAAACGAAACUGCGACUGCUCAUAGAGGAGACAGCCGCCGAAGACGCCUUGGCGCCGCAGCUACACGCACUCCAGGAGAAUAACAUGACCCUACCGCCCGAGAUAGCCCAGGCAAUACGCAGCUACGAAACACGUCGGGCUGCCAAGGGCGAGGAGAUCAAAACCCAAGAGACGGCCAUCAGCUUGAAACGCGACGAGCUAAAGCGAGCCACUGCCGACCUCGACCUGGCAGAGAAGAACUCGGGCGGCCUCGAGUCUGACAUACGAGACUUGCAGGCCGCCGUGACACGUGGGACAGAAGCAGCCCGGUUCGCCAACAUGUUUAGUGUAAUGGUGCGGUUAGGUCCAGAAGGACUAGCGAAUAUUGAGCAGAUAUACCCCGAGAUUGGCUCGCUGCUGGAACAGCUCCUCAUGUCCAAGAAUAACCCGUCGCCACCACACGAUAAUCACCACGGACAUCAUCAUCAUAAUAAUAGCGUGGCGACGGAUGGCGACGAGACUAAUGGCAUGUGA